AUGACUCUCUACUAUAGUCUUGUCUUCUGCCUUUUGGUGUUCGAGAUGGCGGUCUUCAUGGGCCUCAUCAUUCCUCUUCCGUUCACCGUUAAGAGGAAGCUCUUUGCCUUCAUCUCAGAAAGUCCUAUAGUGGCCAAAUUACAAUAUGGGCUGAAGAUCACAUUCAUCUUCAUCCUCAUCCUCUUCAUUGACAGCGUCAACCGCGUCUAUCGGGUGCAGUUAGAGUUAGCUUCUUUCAAGGAGGGCGGUCCUAUGGGAGCCGCCGCCCUUGGCACAGACCGUAUGGAAGUCCAGGCCCGCAAGUUCUACUCGCAGCGCAACAUGUACCUGUGCGGCUUCACUCUCUUCCUGUCUCUCAUCCUCAACCGCACCUACACCAUGAUCCUUGAGGUUCUUCGCCUGGAGGACCGCGUCAAGCUUCUGGAGGGUGACAAGCGCGCUGGUGGCAAGGACUCCGCUCGUCUCGCGCAGGCCGGCGAUGUCGGCGAGAUCGGCCGUCUCAAGCAGGAGCUCGAGGCUAAGGAUCGUGACAUCGAGACUUUGAAGAAGCAGUGCGAGGGUCUCACGGCUGAGUACCAUAAGCUGGGUGACCAGGUCUCCGCUGGCAACAAGGAUGUCGCUCCCAAGAAGGAUCUGUAA